GUCCUGGAGGCAUCUUAGUGCAGCCGGCAUUGUAAAUUGGCUUAUUAUAGUAUCGGCAUACUAAGACGACUAAACAACGACUAACAAAAUAAAAACGGAUAAGGCGAUCAGGUUAUUUUAAAAAUUUCAUAGCAAUAGACAUUGAAGAAUAAUUAAAAACUAUCUUGCGCAAAUAUCAACAUUAGUGUUCACAAUGUCGAAAGCGAUCAACUAUGUGUUAAUGUUCACCAUAUUAGAAAUUUAUAUUGCAAUAGGUUUAAUAUUCUUCUUACCAUCAUACACCGACGUAAAUACAAAGAUUAUUCGAGCAAUUGUAUUCACAGUAUCUGGGUGUUUCUUAUCGCUAUUUCUGCUUGGCAUGUAUCAUCAUUACCAGAAUGGAAACCACCGCAAGAAUAGUCGACGAAUAGUACGACGACAAUCAAGCCUAGAUGAUGCCAUAGCCGUUCGUGAGAUACAUACUAUAGACUAUAUGAUACCUAAUAGGCAUGCCAAGAAGAAUAAUGACGAGCAAGAUAAAAGUACAUGGCAUCCCAGAAGACGUACACUUGAUUAGCAAAUAUAACAUUAUUAUAGCAAUCUCCAGCCUUAUUUUAUAUGUAUUAGUGGAAAUAG